GAGCAAGGAACAAUGGCGACACACCAAGACUCGAAGAAUGAACAGGCAGGCUUGCAGGAGCCAUUCCUGUCAGCGCGCGAGAGCGCGGAGGUUGGAAAUGGGCAAGGAACGUCACCGGCGAAGGAAGCCGACGAUUUGGGCGGCUUCAGUAUUGCAACCGCUAUUAAGAACCUGCGCAACAUGAGCGCCAUGUUCAUACCGCUGCUGCUCAACCUCACAUGCGCGUACGGCGUUAACGUUGUGACGCUGGCUUUCGUGGGGCAUCUGGGCAAGAACGAGCUGGCCGCGGCUGCGCUGGGCACCUCGUUAGUGGGCAUCGUGGGCAGGACGGUGCUGUUCGGAAUGGUCGGGGGACUCGACACGCUGGCCUCCCAGGCCUACGGUGCCGGCAACCUGGGCGCCAUCAGUGCGCACUUCCGCACCGCCCUUACCUUCCUCGCGCUGCACGCUGUGCCGCUGUUUUCGCUGCUGGCCGCGGCGCCGCUGCUGCUGAAGCGCGAGGACAGCGACAGCGACCUGGGCGUGAUGGCGGGGCGCUACGUGCGCUGCGUGCUGCCCGCCCUCGCCUUCGAUUGCCUGAACAGGCCACUCAACAGCGUGCUGGUGGCGCAGCGCAUCACCUCGCCGCAGAUGACUGUCCAGAUGAUUGUACUGCCGCUACAUGUGGUCACGAAUUACGUGUUGAUCCACGUGGCGCGGCUGGGCUACCUGGGGGCCGCGGUGGCCGCCUGCUGCAGCGGCGCCUACGUGUCGCUCAUGCUGUUCGGCUACUGCUGGUACAGGGGGCUGGGGCCGCGGGUGUGGGGAGGCGAGGGGAAGCCGGCGCACGAGUCGACGUGGCAGGCGCUGCGCUCCUUCGGCCGGCUGUCCUACCCCGCCUGCGUCAUGCGCUGCGCCGAGUCGUGGGGCUUCAGCCUCAUGACCCUGGCCGCGGGCAGGCUGCCGGACCCGGGCACCCAGGUGGCGGCGGCCAGUGUGUCGUUCAACAUCUACGGCAUCCUGUACAUGUGCUUCGCCGCCUUCUCCAUGACCACCAGCACCGCAGUGGGCAACGCACUGGGCGCAGGCAGCGCCCGCGCCGCCCGCCACGCCGCGCUCACCUCGCUGCUCACCGCGCCCCUCAUGUGGGUGGCCAUCGCGGCGCUGCUGGUGGAGCCGCACAGCCAGCGCUGGCUGGCGCUGGUGUUCACGGACGGCGGCGACCCCGCGCUCAUGGCGCACCUCCACCGCAUGCUGGUGCUGGUGGCGGCACUGGAGCUGUUCGAUGGGUCGCAGGUGGUCAUGACGGGUGUCAUACAGGGCGCCGGCAAGCAGAAGCUGGGGGUGCUGGUCAACGUGGUUGCCUUCUACGUCGCCGCCAUCCCCGCCGCGCUGGUGCUGGCGUUCGUGCUGGGGUGGGGGGUGGAGGGCAUGUACGGCGGCAUGCUGCUGGGGCCGGCCAUCCAGGCGGGCGCGUACGCGUGGAUUAUAUCGCGGCUGGACUGGCGGCAGGAGGCGGGCAGGGUGGCGGCGAGGGCGGCGAUGACGCGGCGGAUAGCCGCGGGCCGAGAGGAGGGCGAGGAAGGGGUGUAAGGACGUGGGGCGGAGCUGUGGUAGUGGGGAAUAUGGCGUACUGGUAUACCGGUAUUUAUGUAUGGAGGAGCGAACGCAUGAGACGGAAGUGCGGGGCAGAGGGUGCUGUGGGGCCGCCCAGCCGCCGCGAGCAGCACCUCCGUGGUCAAAGGUGAUGUGAGCAGUUCCCACGGACAGUGCAUGCAGGUGUUAUUAGGUUUAUAGUGCAUGAGCAGCUUGCGGGUGCCGUCCUACCGUACUCUUCGUCCUAUCUGUGGCCAGCUAUAUUUCAGGCUCUUUAUUUUCGCGUGUACAUCUUAACAAGUGUCUUUUACUGUGGUUCAGGUGCUUUAGGCUUCCUUAAUCUUUUGCAUGUCGAUAAUGUUGCGCGGCUGCGUGAUACAUUGGCAAACCUAACUACAAAGCCGGUGCCUUUCGCGCGAUCCCCACCCUUCUAGACUCCGACAUGGCUAGGGAUUCCUGUUGACAGCAGUGGCGGGCUGGCGGCUAGGCCGGCCCUGGUAGUACGCUUCUUCCCACCUAAUGUGUUAUGCCGCUGAACGUCAAAUGGGCCUUACGAGCAGGCGGACCCGUGGGUCUCUGCGGUUGGUGAUAGCCGGCCGGGUGAUCAGGUCGUGUGGGUCCCCGUUGUUGCUGCACGCUGAUGAUGAUGCGGCUCCAUGUACCGGUGCACAGGCAGCUAGGAUAACCUCUGCUACUUUGGUACUUCGACCGAUACCCCCGUGCACGUUCCCUGCGUCGUGGGUUCGUGUCAGCUAGGGAUGGUGCAGGUUAGUUGUGUGCAAGCGUCUAUCGGCGAACGAUGACCAACGUAGGCUGCAAGGGAGGCUACUACGGUAACUUGGAG